UCCAAUUCCUCACGCAUUCACGUACUCUCUGUGUCAGUCAGCCUCUUCUCCAGCUCCCUCGCACCCUCGCUCCGCUGCGAAGCAUGGCGGUUUCCGGCGAGCACCGGCCUCCCGGCGGCCCCCUCCCCGGCGAGCGCGCCUCCGGGGCUCCCUUCCUCAGCCUCAAGCUCUACGUCCUCAUCGGCAUCCUCGCCCUCUGCGCGCUCUCCGUCGCCCUCCUCGUGUACCUCUGCGUCCGCCUCGGCCGGGCCUCGAAGAAGCGCAGGGCGCUGGGCAAGAACAGCUCCGGGCUGAUCCCGUUGGUCUCCAAGGAGAUCGUGGAGAUCAGCGCGGUGGAUCGAGCCGGCAGGUGCGGCGGAGGCGCGGGGAAAGUCGAUAGCGUCGUCGUGGUGGAGUUCAAAGGGGAGAAGAAGCGAGGGGACGCUGAGAUCGCGAGCGGGAGCGGGAGCGGGGACGGAGGGAAGAAGAGCGGAGAGAGCGACGGCGUUUCGAGCGGGAGCAGGAGCGACGUGGCGGCGGCCGAGGUGCAUGCGAACAUCGGUUGGGGGCGUUGGUACAGCUUGAGGGAGCUGGAGGUCGCCACGUGCGGGUUCGCGGCGGAGAAUGUGAUCGGGGAAGGAGGUUACGGAGUUGUGUACAGAGGGGUCCUGGAUGAUGGCGCCGUCGUUGCCGUGAAGAGCCUUCUCGACAACAAGGGUCAGGCAGAGAAAGAGUUUAAGGUGGAGGUAGAAGCAAUUGGGAAAGUAAGACACAAGAAUUUGGUAGGUCUGAUUGGCUAUUGUGCAGAGGGGGCUAAAAGAAUCCUGGUUUAUGAAUAUGUGGACAACGGCAAUUUGGAGCAGUGGUUACAUGGUGAUGUUGGGUCGGUUAGCCCUCUGACCUGGGAUAUUCGAAUGAAGAUCGCUAUUGGAACAGCAAAAGGGCUAGCAUAUUUGCACGAAGGUUUGGAACCCAAAGUAGUGCAUCGAGAUGUAAAGUCCAGCAACAUUCUCCUAACUAGAAAAUGGAACCCAAAAGUAUCAGAUUUUGGAUUGGCAAAGCUUUUAGGACCCGAGGCAAGUUAUGUGACUACACGCGUAAUGGGCACCUUCGGCUAUGUCUCUCCUGACUAUGCUAGUACAGGCAUGCUGAAUGAAGGGAGCGACGUGUACAGUUUUGGAGUUCUGCUCAUGGAGCUCAUUACUGGAAGGAGUCCUGUUGACUAUUCUAGACCAGCCGGAGAGAUGAAUUUGGUGGACUGGUUUAGAGGAAUGGUGGCAAGUCGUCGAGGAGAAGAAAUUGUGGAUCCACUUAUUGCGGAUCCACCAUCUCAGAGAGCUUUAAAGCGCGCGAUAUUAGUUUGCCUGCGCUGUGUAGACUUGGAUUCUAUUAAGAGGCCGAAGAUGGGGCAAAUUGUUCACAUGCUUGAGGCAGAUGAUUUCCCUUUUCGUGCUCAACAGAGAUUGGCUGAAGAGAGAGAUUGUCUCGCAGUGCAGGAAGCUCAGCUGAAUAGAAUUCCGAAAGUCCCAAGGCCACGCAAGCAUGCUGGAGCUGGUGAUGCGGAGAGAUGAAAGAAGGUGGCAUGGCGACACUUGCAGCGACCCUGAGAGUACAGUGUGAUAGUAGCCGAGGUCAGAAUAUUUGUGAUAUAACAUUCCACUUGGGUAAACAGGGAAGAAAAUGAAGCCGCGGAUGAGCUUAUUAUAUCUCCCUUCUCAUAUUGUUUCAUUCUAGAUCACAUAGUUUUUUCGUAUGUAAUGAUGAGGCAGAUUCAUAAACGAUCCCUGUAAAUAUAUGCAAGUAUAUCUGGAGUAUCGGAAGGACUUUUUCUUAAA